UUAAACAAAACUCGAAUGCAGACGGGAAGAAAUACGCAGAGAUGGUGCUUCAGAAGCCGCUGGACAGGGAGACAAAUCCUAGUCUGUCUCUAAAGCUAAUAGCUGUAGAUGGUGGGACUCCGCAGAGAUCUGGCACCGUAAAUAUCGAUAUAACUGUUCUCGAUGUAAAUGAUAAUGCUCCAGUAUUCAAUCAAUCUGUAUAUAAAGCAACAGUCAUGGAAAAUUCUCCCCGAGAUACUUACGUUACCACUGUUAAUGCCAGUGACGCAGAUUUUGGGUCAAAUAGCAUUGUGACUUAUUAUUUUUCAGAUCUCAACAGUGGUCUCAGUGAUUUGUUUAUGAUUGACGAAAAACAUGGUAUAAUUUCAAUAACAGGCUUUAUUGAUUAUGAAAAAGACAAAAAAUACGAACUUCGAAUCGACGCCAGAGAUCAGGGAGGUUUAACAGAUUCAAGCAAAGUGAUAAUUGAAGUAACUGAUGUUAAUGAUAACGCUCCUAUCAUAAGUGUUAUGUCAUUCACUAGUCCCGUGUCCGAGGACUCUCCUCCUGGUACCACUAUCGGCAUCAUAAAUGUAAAAGAUCUGGACUCGGGUGAUAACGGACAAGUAAACUGUAGAAUAGAGCAAAACGCUCCUUUCAAAAUUAAAUCUAAUUUAAGAAAUUACUAUACGUUAGUAACAGAUACUGUAUUAGAUCGUGAAAGCGUUUCAGAAUAUAACAUCACAGUUGUUGCGACAGAUGCAGGAAUACCUCCUCUUUCAACAAAAAGAACCUUUCAUUUAAAGGUCUCUGACGUGAACGAUAAUGCUCCAGUUUUUUCUCAAAGUGUUUACAGUGCGUUUAUUACAGAAAAUAACUCACCCGGCGUUUCUCUUCUUACUGUGGGGGCAAAAGAUCCAGAUGAAAACCAAAACGCCCGGAUAUCUUAUAUACUGGAGAACACUAAUAUUGGUGGAGCUCCAGUUUCUGAAUAUGUUACAGUAAAUGCAGAAAGCGGAGUCGUGCACGCUGUGCGCUCAUUUGAUUAUGAACAAAUCAAACAGCUGGUUUUUGUUGUGAAGGCGCAGGAUGGAGGCUCCCCUCCUCUCAGUAACAAUGUGACUGUGAAAUUAAUAGUUCAGGACCAGAACGACAACCCUCCUCAGGUUCUGUACCCAGUCCAGACUGUCCAUCCCCUCGGUGAUCAUGACGUGAGGAAGGCUCUCCGUGUGUUGUCCAGUGCGGAUUCACAGACUUUCAUUUGA